GAUGUGUGUGAGAGCGCCGGGGAGAGGAGCACAGGGUUUCUCCGCCUCGUCCCACUUGUGCGAGGACUCACUGCCCAAAUUAGGUGGCGAGGGGUGUGAGAGUCCGAGGAGGCGGCGCCGGUCGCUGCGGGUAUAAAGCAGCCGGACUGCGGAGUGGGAGAGAGCGGUUGGCCGGGGGAAUUCUCUGUUGUUCGUGGCCGUGCCGAGGGAGCGCAGACUCUGGAGCCGACCGCGCGGUCCCGGGGCCCCUAAUGCACUACUUCAGGCUGAGCUUCAAGUGCUUCGUGGACUGUUUCUGAAGCUGGUUCCGCCGGAGAGAGCGACACAACUCUGCGCCGAUCCUGCCCGAAUGGAGAGCCGCGACCCCCGCGGCGGCGCCCAGCACCUGUGGAAGGAGAAGCGGAGAUCAGCGCGGCCCGAGCGCCCGGCCGACGGCGGGAGCGGGGGUGGGGGCACGCCGGAGGGGAUGCCCCAGAGGGUGACCUGGAGCAACCAGAUGGACUUCAUCAUGUCUUGCGUGGGCUUUGCGGUGGGGCUGGGCAACGUGUGGCGCUUCCCGUACCUGUGUUACAAGAACGGCGGAGGUGUUUUCCUCAUUCCCUACAUCCUGGUUGCCUUGUUUGGCGGGAUUCCCAUCUUUUUCCUGGAAAUCUCGCUUGGGCAGUUCAUGAAGGCCGGUGGGAUCAAAGUCUGGAACAUCGCACCUCUUUUCAAAGGAUUGGGCUUUGCCUCGAUGGUGAUCGUCUUCUUCUGUAAUACCUACUACAUCAUGAUCCUGAGCUGGGGCUCCUUCUACCUGGUGAACUCGUUCUCCAGCCCCCUGCCCUGGGCCUCCUGCAACAACACGUGGAACACCAACGCUUGCUCCGAAGGCUGCAGCCUCUCCGGCAACACCAACCUCAGCGCCUGCACGCCCCAGGAGCAGGUGCAGUCCUCCAUCGUCGAGUUCUGGGAGAGGAGGGUCCUGCGGCUGUCGAGUGGACUGGCAGACAUGGGUGAGAUGAGCUGGCAGAUGACGCUGUGCCUCGCAGCCAUGUGGCUCCUUGUCUAUUUCUGCAUCUGGAAGGGCGUGAAGUGCACAGGGAAGAUUGUCUACUUCACGGCCACGUUCCCCUACAUUAUCCUGACCAUCCUGCUGGUCCGCGGAGCCACACUCCCUGGAGCCGUUCAGGGUAUCAUCUACUACCUGCAGCCUGACUGGAGCAAGCUGGGAGAGCCUCAGGUAUGGAUCGACGCUGGUACACAGAUUUUCUUCUCGUACGCCAUCGGGCUUGGGGCCCUCACCGCUCUGGGCAGCUACAACCAGUUCCACAAUGACUGCUACAAAGAUGCCUUCAUCCUGUCGCUGGUGAACAGCGGCACCAGUUUUUUUGCGGGCCUGGUUGUCUUUUCGAUCCUGGGAUUCAUGGCGGACGAGCAGGGGGUGGACAUCUCGGAGGUGGCCGAGUCAGGGCCCGGCCUGGCCUUCAUUGCCUACCCGAAAGCCGUGACGCUCAUGCCACUGCCCCAGGUGUGGGCCGCCCUGUUCUUCAUUAUGCUGCUCUUCCUUGGCCUCGGCAGCCAGUUUGUGGGUGUGGAGGGAUUCGUCACUGGCAUCCUCGACUUGCUGCCCGCCAAGUGCUCCUGCCGCUACCAGAGGGAAGUUCUAGUGGCCAUUGUCAUCAUGAUCAGCUUCAUCAUCGACCUCUCCAUGGUCACCCAGGCUGGCAUGUUCAUCUUCCAGCUCUUUGAUUACUACUCAGCCAGUGGGAUGACGCUCCUUUGGCAAGCCUUCUGGGAGUGUGUGGUGGUGGCCUGGGUUUACGGCGGAGACCGAUAUAUGGGUGACCUGGAGUGUAUGUUGGGGUACCGGCCCUGUGCGCUGAUAAAAUGGUGCUGGUCGUUCAUCACGCCUCUGAUCUGCAUGGGUAUCUUCACCUUCCACCUGGUGAACUACCGGUCCCUGACGUACAACAAGACGUACACUUACCCCUGGUGGGGCGAGGCCAUCGGCUGGAGUCUUGCCCUUGCCUCCAUGCUUUGCAUCCCCAUCACCGUCCUCUACAAACUCAGCCACAGCAGGGGCUCCCUCAAAGAGCGGUGGCAGGCGCUCACCAGGCCCGUGUGGGGGAGUCACCACCUGAUGUACCAGGCCGCAGAAAUGGACGUCAAGCAACCGUGCCAGGGAGCUUCCUCCUCCGAGAAGGUGGUCAUCUACGAGAGCGUGAUGUGAGGGCGCACCCCACUUCAACUCCAGUCUGGGGUCAGCCCAGGGAUGGUCUUCCAGAAGAUUCUGCUGCUGCGUGUGUGCGUGUGUCUGUCUCUGAGGUUUCGGGAGGGGGUGGGGGGGAUUGGGGUGAAGAGUGGGAGGGGCUACUGACUUCGUGAAUGCAGAGGCCGUCUCAAAGGACAGUGGGUCUAUUGAUGAAAGGGUGCAAUUUCAAUGUACCCACCCUAUCCUGGGGGGAGGAUGUUGUGACCCUCUCUGAGGGUACACCCACUGUCCUCUGGGAAUGUGUGGGGGUGCGGUGAGGUGAUGUUCUGAUAAAACCUGCACAGAAGUGUGACUGAUCUUCACCCACGUCCGUUUCUGCUGAUCACCGAGCCCUCCCCUUGACACAUUCUGCAGGCUGGGAUUAUUUUGGUGUCUUCCCUCCCUCACCUCAAAGCUCCCCCUCCUGAACCUCAGGCCGAAUGAUAGUGUACUGUGAUUAUUUAUUAUAUAACAUGUAAUUAAUGUGUUAAACUUUGGAAAAGAUGCACUUCAUACCAACGGUCAGCUCCUUGCUGGUUCCAGUUGGACAGUACUUGCCCACCUCCCUGCACUCUGUAAACACAGUUCAACUGGUACCCUGAGAUCCAUUCCCAGGCAGAACAUUCUUCCAAAUUCCUCCUUGGAUUGAACUGGAGACUGUAAAUCAGGGAACCAUGUUCCUGCUGCUGGGAAUAGAGAUGGGAACUGUGCACGGUGCUCCUGGUGUGGGUCUGACCCAGGGAUACAGAGAUGGGAACUGUGCAUGGUGCUCCCGGUGUGGGUCUGACCCAGGGAUACAGAGAUGGGAACUGUGCACGGUGCUCCCGGUGUGGGUCUGACCCAGGGAUACAGAGAUGGGAACUGUGCAUGGUGCUCCCGGUGUGGGUCUGACCCAGGGAUACAGAGAUGGGAACUGUGCACGGUGCUCCCGGUGUGGGUCUGACCCAGGGAUAGGGAGACAGUAACUGUGCACGGUGCUCCCGGUGUGGGUCUGACCCAGAGUUAGGGAGACGGGAACUGUGCACGGUGCUCCCGGUGUGGGCUGAUCCAGUCUGUAGGUGGAAUUGAACUAGAGUUUGUACAGAGUGAAUGGGGGAGACUAACCUCCUUGGAAGUGCUCAUUGUGAUUGUGCCAAUAACGAUAGAAAUGAUUGUACAUCAGAGUGAUGUAAUCACUUUAAAAUAAGCACCUUAAUAUGAUACUGUGAUAACUGCACAAGUUAACAAUCGGAGUGAUUCUUAGAGCAUGCUUGAGAUUUUUGAGUCUUCUCCUGGAUUUUGUGUGUGAAUUGAAAUGAAUAAAAUAUUUUGACAACUGGU